AUGGAGAGAACGCUCUGCCCUAAUACAACCCCCCCAGCUCAAGAACUCACCAAACACGAUGUAGGCUGGAGACGCAUCGUCCGCAACUUCACUCCCUCAUGGUUUUCAGUCACCAUGGGCACGGGCAUCGUGUCCAUCCUCCUGAACACACUCCCCUACAAUGCCCCAUGGCUCUACUGGAUCUCGGUCGUCCUCUUCGCGGUGAAUGUCCUGCUCUUCGGGACCGGGUGCAUCAUCAGCGUCCUACGAUACAUCCUCUACCCCGAGGUCUUCACCGCCAUGAUCAGUCAUCCCGUGCAGUCGAUGUUCAUCGGAACCUUCCCCAUGGGCUUAGCGACCAUCAUCAACAUGUUCUGUUUCGUCUGCGUCCCAGUCUGGGGCGAGUGGACCCGGAACUGCGCCUGGGGACUGUGGAUUGUCGACGCGGUUCUCUCGGUGGUGGUGGCGCUGUCGUUGCCGUUUCUGCUGAUGGCCAACGGCCACGAAACCCAGCUCUCCUCCAUGACCGCCGUCUGGCUCCUCCCGGUCGUCAGCUGCGUCGUCGCAGCCUCCUCCGGCGCCAUCGUCGCCGAUAUCCUCCCAAACCCCCAGCAUGCCCUGUGGACCGUCAUCGUCAGCUACAUCCUCUGGGGCAUUGGCGUCCCGCUCGCUCUGAUGGUCAUGGUGAUUUACCUGCAACGACUGACCCUGCACAAACUCCCUCCCAAGGCCGUGAUAGUCAGCGUGUUUCUCCCGCUCGGGCCGUUGGGCCAAGGUGGAUACGGCGCAAUGAAACUCGGCCAAGCCGCCCAAUCUAUCUUCCCGCAGACACACACCCUCGACGCCUCCGCCGGCCCCAUGUUCUACACCCUCGGCUUCCUCGUCGCCCUCAUCCUGUGGUCAUUUGGCCUGGUCUGGCUCUUUUUCGCAUCCGCCUCGAUCGCCCGACACCGGAACUUUCCGUUCAACAUCGGCUGGUGGGGGUUCACGUUCCCGCUCGGGGUGUUUGCCACGAGUACGUGCCAGAUGGGGCGGGAGCUGCCGUCGGAAUUCUUUCGGGUUCUGGGGACGAUUUUGUCGCUGUGUGUGGUAGUGUUGUGGAUGGUGGUGAGUAUGGGGACGCUGAAGGGGGUGGUGUCGGGCCAGUUGUUCUUUGCGCCGUGUCUGGCGGAUUUGAAGAUGAAGGAGGCGGAUGGAAAUGGUGAGAAACGGGCAUGA